UCAGAUAUGGGUUAAUAAAUUUUCUUCAUUUUUUUUUCACUGUCUUAGAAUUGUUUGAUGUAAAAAAAUAAAUGUACGAAAACAAGUUGUUUAUAAAAACUGUUGACAGUAUUAGUUUUCAUCCAAAUUAGUUUUACUUAUGCCUAUGUCUUGAAAUUUGCACUAUGGAUGCAUACAAAUCAUUUUUAGUAGAUUUUUUAGCUGGUGGAAUAUCUGCAGCUGUUUCUAAAACUGCAGUUGCACCGAUAGAAAGGGUAAAGUUGUUACUUCAGGUACAACAUACCUCAAAACAAAUAAGGCCAGAAGAUCGGUACAAGGGUAUGAUAGACGCGUUUGUACGUAUACCCAAGGAAACUGGUUUCCUCAGUUAUUGGAGGGGCAAUCUAGCUAAUGUAAUUCGAUAUUUUCCAACUCAAGCCUUAAAUUUUGCGUUUAAAGACAAAUUCAAAACUUUGUUCUUGGAAGGUGUUCCAAAAGAUGCAUUUUGGAAACAGUUUGCUGGAAAUUUGGCAUCCGGUGGAGCUGCUGGAGCAACAUCCCUGUUAUUUGUUUAUCCACUUGAUUUUGCACGUACAAGAUUAGCCGCAGAUAUUGGCAAAGCAGACAAACGAGAGUUUAAAGGUUUAGGGGACUGUUUGGUAAAAGUUUUCAAGACAGAUGGUCUUUUUGGAUUAUAUCGUGGUUUCAGUGUAGUAACAACAACGGCUGGAAUCAUAUCGUAUCCUUUCGAUACGGUUAGAAGACGCAUGAUGAUGCAGUCGGGACGUAGUAAAACGGAAAUAAUGUAUAAAAACACAUUGGACUGUUGGGUGAAAACAGCCAAAGCAGAAGGUGUUGCGGCUUUUUUUAAAGGGGCUUUUUCAAAUAUUCUUAGAGGUACUGGAGGAGCAUUAGUUUUAACAUUAUAUGAUUCAGUUAAAGACCUAAUUGAUGCAGCACUGAGAAAAGGUUCAACCAAACCUUCGGAAUAAUAUCUUUAAUUUAAUUGUGAUACUAAAAUAAUUUGUAAGAUCAAAUACACUUUUCUGCAAAUGAAAUCCGAAUUAAUUGCAUAUUAAAAUUCUUCAGUAUAAAUAACAUU